AUGAGUGUGUUGGUCCAUGCCAUGGAUGACUAUGUCAUCCAGCCACAACCAUCCAACCAGGCGGUCUACGAGACUGAAGGUUCGCCGGGCACAGCCAAGAAUGGUGCCGGUGGCGUUAGACUAAACUCAGCCAUCUCUCGUCGCCAAUGUUACGUUCAGCCCAAAACGUCAGAAUCAUUUACUCCGUCUGGGCCUGUGGGUUCGUAUUUGUACAAUGAAGAAUUUUGCUGGAAGCCGAUCUCUAAGCCGGAAUGCAUUCGCACAGGAUGAGCUUCAGGACAGAGGAGAAACAACCAGGUUGGUACUGUGUCCUUCAUGAUAUGGAGACUGCCUAAGGGUAGUAUGCAGAGCUCUGCGGAUUGCAGAUCCCCUCUGGGUGAUUUGUUAUCUGAGGAGGCGAUCCAGAGGGCAUUGACAUCACAAUACUGCUCAACCUACAGCACCGAAUUCAUGAGCAUACCUCAAGCAGAGCGACUUGCACCUCUUAACGGCAGAGAUGAUGUGCUCCACUUCACUAGCACAGAGACGAGGAACAGUUACCAACAACCAAAGCAGAGAUCUGGGCUGCAAGUCAACCGAUCCCGCUAUGAAUGUAACGCACAUUACCAUGUGGUCAGCCAGGGCAUCGUUCCAACUGUUGCUCAAAGGCACCUCCACAAACUUCAAGGAUCAGACAUGACCAGCUACAAUAUGCUCUUUGGAAGACCAACUACCAACAUUACACCUGUCCUUAAGUCUCUGCAGCCCCAGGAGCUGCAACCUGGAAUUUCACCUGAGAAGGGCUCAGCCAUCUUGGUUACCACCCAUCUUUCCCAGGUGUAA